GUACGUUCCAUUGACAUCCCCACAUCGCGGGGCAGCCUUCAGGCAGCUUCACCCCAUUUCCGACUCCAAUCUGCCUUGAUAACGACGAGCAAACGACGACAGAUGCCCACGGAAACGACAAAGUUUAUUUGCUCACAACAAACAAUCACUUAUUCUUCGUCUUCUUCUCGCAUGGUCUCGAAAUCCGGGUAGGCCAACCGACAGUCCCGGCGACGGCCAGAGCAACGCCGAACAUGGCAGCCUCCAGCGUCAACCCGCUCAUGUCGAGCCAGAAGUCCUCGGAACUCCAGGCUGUCCUCCACCCCCUUGUACUUCUCACCAUCUCCGAUUACAUUACUCGCCAUACCCUGCGCUCGCAGCCAGGUCCCAUUGUCGGCGCCCUGCUUGGCCAACAGAACGGUCGGGAGAUUACCAUCGAGCAUGCGUUUGACUGCCACACGAAGCAAGCACCAGAGGUCGAAGGCGGCUACCUGCUGGACUCUGAGCGCUUCACGGCGAGGCUAGAACAGAUGAAGACAGUCCACAAAGACCGCAGCCUCGACCUCGUUGGCUGGUACACCCUCCUCGCCACUGAUGGCCCGACGCCCACCAUUCUCCCGAUUCACCACCAGAUCCUCUCCGAUUUUAAUGAGUCUGCGCUGCUCCUAGGCUUCCACCCAAAGGAAGUUUUUAGCCAUACCGUUGGUGGCAAGUUGCCCAUGUCCAUCUAUGAAUCAAACUACGAGGUCGACGACCCGCGCGCAGCCGAGGCCGAUGGCGAGGACAAGAAGAUGGACGACGGCGAGUCCAAGCUCAAGCUCCGCUUCCGCGAGCUACCCUAUACGGUCGAGACAGGCGAAGCCGAGAUGAUCAGCAUGGACCACGUCGCCCGCGGCGCUGGCAAUGCCACCGCCAUCGAGUCCUCCAAAGAAACCUCGGCCAAGCCCAAGGUCCAGCUAGUUGAGACGGGAGGAAAACGCCGCGUCGUCGUGGCGGACGAGUCGGGUGAAGAGAGUAUCGCCGAGGCUCAGCUGUCGCCAGAGGAGGAGGAGAUGGUUGCCGCCUUGACGGCCAAAGCGAACGCCGUCAAGAUGCUGCAGGGCCGCAUCCGCCUCAUUACCACCUACCUCGAGCACUUGCCGUCCGAAUAUCUCCCCGGCCUAGAGCAGUCCGCCGUCGCCUCCGCUGGCGGUGUGCAGACGACACCCUCGCACACGAUCCUUCGCCAGAUUCAGGCCCUCGUCAACCGACUAGACCUCGUUGUUCCCUCUGACGUGGACGCCUUCGAGAAGGAGGUGCUCUGCGAGGAGAACGAUGUGGCCAUUACAUCGCGUCUUAAUGACCUUAUGCAGAGCAUCAGCGGCAUGCGGGACCUGGGCAAGAAGUUCGGUAUCGCUGAGACCGCCCGAAGUCGGACUCGCGGAGCAGCGCCGGCUGAUUUUACGGCUUACGGUCCUUCCAGCUUCAAUCUCCCGGGCGCAGGCGACAUCAUGAUGUAAAGUGCGGCAUUCGAACAGCGAUUGCGUCCAAAACGUCAAUGCGCAUCAUUGACCGCUUGGGUGUGGGGGGGUUGUUAUCAUGGAGAGGCGUUUAGGGGACGAUAAUGUAGACAUGACUAUACGUACGAGGAGCCAGCCUAUAAAACUAAAGGCCGGCUCCAACGAAUUGAAUCAUUUUCGAUCCAUUGGACAGCAUCCGUCUCUUCAGCAGUUCGUUCUUUUCAUGGCAAUGGAGCCAAUCAGAAAAAAAGAUUUCAACUUGUUGCUUCAAUAUCCUACGUUUUCAAUUUC